CUAAAGAAGUGGAAAACGAAAGAGUGACAACAGUGCUAUUAUGAAACAUUAUACACUCAAAUAUCAGACAUGACUCUCUUGAAGGCUGGUUUCACUGGAACAACACCCUCGUGUUAUGACAAGCCCGUCCUUCCAUAGGGAUUUUUUUACUUUUUAUUUCUCACAAUCACUUUCACUGAAAAAGGGGUGUACACUCCAGUGCACACAUUUCCACGAACAAAUCCUUUGUGCACGGACAACUCUGACCUCUGCUAACAUCUUUCAGAGGGAGCUGUGGACUUCAGUGUUAACUUCUGGUGAGUGCUUAAAAUUGAGACUUUUUAUUAUUCAUCUCACAUUUAUUUUGAGUUGCGAACUUUAAAAGACUGAAAAGGAUGCAAUCUUUUGGAUUUCAUUAGCAGUUUAACACCUUUAAUUAGUGUAUUGUAAUAGCCCUGAAGUAACGGUCAUUUGGGAAAUUCUGAUAACAUUUUUGUAAAAAAUAAAAAAGAAGACACUUAUCCAGGGAGUACCCUGCCCUCGCCCUGAGACAAGGCUGGGAUUGGCUCCAGCAGCAACACCCCGCAACCCCAUGGAAAGGGAUAAGCGGUUCGGACAAUGACAUGACGAUAAAAAAGAAGACUGAAAUGCUUUUUUAAGGUACAAGUGGCACAUGGGAGGAAAUUGCUGUUGUUAGAAAUACACAACCUUCUUGUCUCUGAAAUAAUUUUACGUGUCAGAAAAUAUACCUACUUGUUUUCUUGCCGAGUGGUUGAUGAUAAAGUUAAUACUACACUAAAUAUGAAGCUACAGCAUGUAGAAUGAACAGAAAUUCUAGAGGUAGGGGGGAAACAUUUAGUCUGCCUCUGUUCCAGUACAGCUCGCAGCGUAUCAAACCGGAGCAUUUAAAUACUUUCACCAGCUGUGUUACUGAUAAUAACACAGCAGGUGAAACUCUUUGUCUUUGUUCAAGAGUGUGAGGACCACAAACUAAUUUCACUGCUUAACAACUCCUUUUUUGUCAUGUAUUGUGAUUUUUUACAACAGUUUUUACAACAAAAUAAAUAUAACAUAAUUUGCUAACCAGCACCUCAGAAGCUCCUGGAUACGUAAAAGAAAUGACAAGGCUCCAGGAAGUUACUGCGAAGUUACUGUGGCCAUGAAAGCCACAGUAAAAACACACAUUGUAGUUCUACACAUCAAAUCAAAUGAAAUAACGUGUAAUAAUUAGUUGUUUUAUUACUUUCACAAAACCAGUCAAGCUGUUUCCCCAUGUUUCCAGUCUUCAUGUUAUGCUAUAGAAACUGGCUGUUGGCUGUAGCUUCAAAAUAACUGUGAAGACAUGAGAGUAACAUCAAUCUUCUCAUCUUACUCUUGGCAUGAAUAUGACUUAGUGUACUUAGAUUUACAUAUAACCAUUUGGCAGAUGCUUCUGUUCAAAGCAUCAAACAAAUGUUUUUCAGUCUCAGCCACAGUACAUAAAGGAGAAGCCAUUGAGAGAAUGAGUGCUGCAAUACCCAGUUGCAAGUAUCUUAACUACUUGGUCUAUAAAAUAUUACAACACUUUUUUCUCUUCUUUCAAGAAUACAAGAUCAAUAUCCAGAGAGAUCAUCCUGCAUUCACAGUCGAAAUGGAUUUGAUGAACAAUACCACGAUGCACUGCCAAUCUGCCCCAGGCCGUGGGACUUCAUUCUUGAUGGCUGCCAUGAUCAGCGGGAUGAUUGUGGGCCUGCCAUUAAACAUAGCAGCUUUGUUGAUCUUCUGUUUCCGGAUGAAAUUUUGGAAACCCCACACUCUGUUCCUCUUCAACAUGGUAUUAGCCGACUUCCUGCUCCUCAUCAGCAUACCCUUCCGCAUCGACAACGUACUCCGAGGGGACUACUGGGUGUUUGGACAGGUCUGGUGCCGCAUCAACCUCUUCAUGCUGGCUGUCAAUCGCGCUGCCAGUAUUGCAUUCAUGACAGUUGUGGCUCUGGAUCGCUACUUUAAAGUAGUCCAUCCACAUCACUGCAUCAGCCGGAUUACUUUAACGCAGUCGGGUUGGCUCGCAGGCCUGAUCUGGAUGCUUGUAAUUGCCCCCCGGAUUCCGCUGGUGACCACUGAGCUCCUCCGCCAAGAUGACAACGUCUCCCGGUGUCGCAGCUUCAACGAUUAUGAAGUAAUCCCAUUGCCAAUAAAAGUACACUAUGUUGCCUUCAUUGCAGAGUUCUUCCUGCCCUGGUUUGUGUUGCUGUUUUGUUCAUCGCGGAUUGCCUGCCAUCUCCUCAAACGGCAGAUUGGCAGAAAUUUACAGAAGAAGGUACGGAAGGCAAUCCGAGCAGUUUGGGUAAUCAGUUUGGUGUUCACCAUCUGCUUCUUGCCAAGUAUCCUGACAGGCUUGGGUGGGGUGUACAUUAAGGUAUUUCAGCCCAAGAACUGCAAGUCCUACAAUCUGAUCACAAAGCUCUUUAUUGAAUGCAUCGGCUUCACCUACCUCAACAGCGCUUUGGACCCUAUCAUCUACUGUUUCUCUAGCUCCUUGUUUCGUGAUGCCCUCACGAGCUCCAACAGACACCUGAAGAAAAGCCUCAGAGCAGGCAAGAACACAACCAAUAAAUGAUGACAGACAAAAGCAACUUCCAUUGGAUUAACUUCCCCAGAGCAAAGUCUUAAGUUCAUGUCAUUGUCCGUAACCGCUUAUCCCUUUCCAUGGGGUUGCAGGGUGUUGCUGCUGGAGCCAAUCCCAGCCUUGUCUCAGGGCGAGGGCAGGGUACUCCCUGGACAGGUCACCAGCUCAUUGCAGGGCAAAACUGAUGAGCAAUAUGGGGUUCAAUAUCUUGCUCAAGGACACUUCGACAUGCAGCUCAGCCCUGAGACAAGGCUGGGAUUUGAACCAGCGACCUUCCGAUCACUAGUCGACCUGCUCCACCUGCUGAGCUACAGCCGCCCCGUCUUAGGUUCAGUCCUCAGAUUGUUGAGGUGUCUUGAGGAAGAUGCUGAAUGACUCUAAGGGCAACUCAGAUGCAAAAUGCAAAAUGGGGGCACUUCUUUAACAUUAUGACUACAGUGACUGUUUCCUACUUUAGUCUGAGUGACAGUUAUACUGUGACUGCAAGUAUUGGCAGUUACUGAAUUUUAAGAGGGAGCUAAGCUGAGUUGAGUGCAGCAAGGAUGAUGUUAGCACCACCCUGUUUCCCUCGACAAAAAGACUUUUUUCCCCAUGUAUCAUUUUUUGGAUUAUUGUAGAAAAUUGUGGCAAACAUACGUUUUUGAUACUUAAACGAUACAUAUAAGAUUAUCUUGCUGAAAUCAACCCCACUUUUACAAUGGUUGUUCACUAUAAUUUGAUCAACCUAUGAGUUGUUAAGCUCAAGUUAGAAUAGUGUGAAACUAAAGUCGGCCUGUGCAGGUGGACUAGUGAGAUGAGUCUUGGCAUAAUGAUGUUUAAUGUCUCUGACAUCUGUAUUCUUAUUUAGCCACUUAUUAGCAACUGCCAUUUACACUGAUGGGUUGUAAGUUGUAGAGCAAAAUGUAAAAAAAGCUUGUGUCAACAACAGUGCUUAUUUCAGGCAUUUAACUGAAAACCUGUAGACUGUUAUUGUGUGUUCUUGCUGCACUCUAUAGUCGUCAUGGCCAGAGACCGGGUGAUCCAUGCAUGGCACCUCCAGUAUAGUAUCAGUAUAAUAAAUAAGGUGACCAGUGGAGUACCUGCAAAUGUUCAGUGUUCAUGCUCAAACUGUAUAUAUAGAUAUGAAUAAAAGAAGGAAACUUGUGUCUUAAUUUGUUGGUAUUCAUUGUGUCUCUUUCUAUAUACAAUGUCUACUGACCAUUCACAGAGGUGUUUAUGAUAAUGAUGGAAAACAUUUCUUUUUACAUUAGUGCUAGUCAGCCAACUCGGUCAGCAAUCCAGGUAUUUUCACAGUUAGAAGGUCAAGCAUUUUUGGCGUCAAAGCACCACUAAGCAGCUUUCAUAGGAAUGAGCAGUUGGACCUGCACUCAUCAACAGAAAGUGUGGUUGAAGACAGAGCUCCAGUCUCUGAGACUGUAGCCUGGGUUCCACCACAAGAUCCAGCCAGGACAUGCCCUGUCAUUGAUGUGUCUCCCUCCACAGCCAGAUCUAACUGAAAACGUGUUGGAGCUCACACCAUAAUUUUUUUCAGCUCCAUCCAAUUUUUAUUCAUUAUUACUAACAUGCCGGGGUUGUCGGAGGAUGCCAUCUCAUCGUAGCCCUGCAAUGCCAGCUCAAAAGAUCCACAGAAUUUCACACAAUCAAUGAUCUCCGAUAAAAAUAUGUCUGUUCAUGUCCAACUCUUCAUUGUGUUUUCUCACCGCAAUUCUGUGUCCUUCAUCCAGCUGCGCAGCUAUGCUAGUCCUGCCUAGCAUGGCUAGCUUGACAGCAUUGUUCGUGUGUACCUUCGAGCAUUCAUAUUUUUUGAUCCGCUCUGACGGAUGUUUUAGGUCUCUGACUCCACAUAGUAUCUGUCUUGGGCAUUUUAAAAAGUAAACACGGGAAGCAGAUGCAUAUGUAGAUAGAUGCAUCCCAAGCGUGCCACCAUGUUGAUAUUGUGUCGUCACUUCGCGUGGCAGAAUUUAGCGUGUAAAGGCCAAGUUUACACAUUCCCAUUGCACACAAAAGCCUGAUUUUAGCAGGUUUAAGUGUGAUUUUUGACCAGUGGAAAAGGGAUAUAUGAGUGGAAUAGCCCUGAAAAGAAGUCCUAGCAUGUGCAGGUAUGAGCACCCUGCUGGAAAAAAACAACAUAACCAGCACCAAAACACAAUGUAUGUUAGUCUUGCUAGUGACUGGU